AGAGACUAGAGAGAGACUGUGUUUUUGUGUGUGUGUGUUAGACUCUGAGAGAGAGAACAAAAACUAAAACAAACCAAACAGACAAAACUGACAAGUACCAAACCUAAAACCGCCACGAAAACGAUGAGUGAAAAAGUAGAAGACCACUCACCCGCCGCGGAAUGCGGCGCCGAGUCCGGGGACCCCGAGUUGGUUGCUUCAGAGGGUAUCGGCGGUGGCGGAAAAGUGAAAGGACCGUGGUCGCCGGAGGAAGACGCCGUGCUGAGUCGACUCGUCAGCCAGUUCGGAGCAAGGAAUUGGAGCUUAAUCGCCCGCGGAAUUCCCGGGCGCUCCGGCAAAUCUUGUCGCCUCCGUUGGUGUAAUCAGCUCGACCCUUGUCUCAAGCGCAAGCCCUUCACUGAUGAAGAGGAUGAAAUUAUACUUAAGGCCCAUGCAAUUCAUGGAAACAAAUGGGCUGCAAUUGCAAAGCUCCUUCCAGGUAGAACGGAUAAUGCAAUCAAGAACCACUGGAAUUCUACCUUAAGGCGUCGGGGUGCAGAUCUAGGGAUGUGGAAGAUGGAAGAUAGCAGCCUUGACAGAGCAAAAGUAUCUUCAGAAGAAACUCUGUCAGUUGGGGUUAUCAAUUCAUUCAGUCCCCCUGAAGGAGGAGAUGUCCCAAUGGAGGAUAGUCCCCUGCCAUGUGAAGAUAAAGCUCAAACAAAUGAGGAGCAUUUUGUUGCUGAAGAAAGAGAGCAUCCUACUCUCUCCCGUCCAGUGGCGCGUGUUAGUGCAUUUAAUGUUUAUAACCCUCCUGGUGGCACAAACUCUUCUGUGUUUUCAAGGACAGUUCCUACUCAAGGUCCUUUGGUUCAAGCUUCCAAACCAGAAUUAGGGGUAUGCAAAUUUCUUCAAGAUGUUUAUAGUGAGCCAAUGGUUCCUUUGCAAUGUGGCCAUGGUUGCUGUACAGAUUCACGUGGGGACCAUUCUCAUAGCUCGCUGUUGGGGCCUGAGUUUGUUGAAUAUAUAGAGCCUCCAUCUUUCUCUAGUCAUGAGUUGAUCUCCAUUGCUACAGAUUUGAACAAUAUUGCAUGGAUUAAGAGUGGCCUUGAGAAGAAUGGUGUCAGAAUGCCAGACGAUGCAGCAAGCCACAGAGUAUCUGAAGCGGUGGCUGCAGCCUCACAGUUGGGAACAUUUGAACAUAAUAUGAAGAAAGACCAUAUGGGUGUUGAAGAGGGACAUAACAAAUUGAUGGGCAUGAUGAAAGAUGUGCUAUCUACCCAGAUGCCUAGGCAAACUUUUCCAGGUCCGGCUGAAGUUGAGGGCUUGAGCUAAAAGCCAACGUUGGCUAAAUUUUAUAGAAGGCGGGAAUUUAUUUUUGUGAAGAAGAGGCUUCCAUAUUCCAUAUUCCAGGUGAAGAGAUCAUGGCAUAUUGGUUGAUAAAGAUUCUGAACAUCUUUCUGAAAAUAUAUUCGUACUAGAUUCACUAAAGAAAUGAAACUUGUUUAUAGCAGUUACUAUAAUGGUUAUGAUUUGUUUAGGUAGAGAUAUCAACCUCUGAUAUGUAUCUUUUUUCUUGGUUGUGCAGUUGUCACCAUUAGAGGAUUAACUGCGCCAUCGUUAAGGCUAAUUGCUUGUGCAAAACUUAAAUUCAGUAGGCAAGGUAGUGCUGGUUCCUCAAAGUAGGCCCAAAUAAUGCUAGUCUUACCAUGGCUUGAUUGGACCCUACAGCUUUUUUUUUUUUUUUUUUUUCUUUUUUCUUCUUUUUUCUUCGGCCAUGGGUUUCGGCCUUUCAAGGUUCCCGAUUAGCAAAAAUAUAAAGCUAGGAGUUCUUACAUCUCCUGGAUAGAAGUAUUACAUAUUAUAUUUAAUUUCUACAUCAUAGGAGUUCUGAUCUGGAGCCAAAUUAAACAAUGAAGUUGUCUC